CUGUGAUACGGUUCUGAUUGAAUGUGCACGCGACCAAUUGUCUAGAAAAGGAGGCAGCAAACGGCAAAGCAGGAGUGACGAAGGAAACGGAGCCAGUCACAAGCAGCCUGAUGAGCCUGUUUCUCCGGGUGAAAUCACAGCUCCCACUGCCUCCCAGUCACCGACCAGUCACCCACUAGUCACCUACCAGUAGUAACUCGGCGGGUGUGGGCAAGUGCAAGUGCAGGUGCUGGUUGCGUCAGAGGCAGCAACUACGCAACGCCAGACACAACUUGGCCCAUGAUGGCCCCGUCCCAAAACUGCACCAAGUUUCCUUGCACAACUAUUUCCUUCGAACACCUUGACACCUCCUCUUUCUCUUUUUCCACCUUCACUUCAAUCACUUCCUCCAGCCUUUGGUUUGUUCUUCUGGUCUCUAGCCAACCUUUGAUCCUUGUCCUCAUCAGAAUCACCACCUCCUGUCAUUGACCGGAGCUGCUCGUUUAAACAUCACCUGUCCAGGAAAAGCCAUACCUCUCCUGUCCCACAGACGCAACCAUGUCUCACGGCGACUUCAACGCAUCCACGGAUCUUCCGUCUCAUACAGACAUGUCACAGACCACCAACGAUACCUCUGCUCCAGCUUCCACUAUAAAUGGCACGCAGCUGAAGGACACAAUGGUCAACAACGCAGCUGCUGCCGUCAACACUGUGCAAAAUCACCCCAUCACCCAAAAUAUUGUCAAUGGUCCGGUUGCAACUUCAGUCAAGAAUGAGGCUGGCGCAACUGCAUCCGAGUUCAGUGAUCUUGCUGGUUCUCGUCAACCUCCAUCCUACACUGCCGCCAAUGACACUCCAUUGACUCAUUAUCAUUCCUUCUUCUACACCUUGUUGAGCUGGAAGAACAAGCGAGCCACCGGUGUCACCUUUGUCGCUGCCGUUACCUUUAUCUUCGCUUGCCGCUACCUCCCCAUCCUCCGCUAUAUGCUGAAGAUCACUUGGAUGACUCUUGGUGUUGUCACGCUUGCCGAGGCUUCGAGCAAAGCUCUCAUGGGCUCCAGUGUCGCAGGCACUGUUCGACCUCGGCGAUACUACAAGCUCCCCAAGGAAGCUCUCGAAUCCUCUCUCGAUGACCUCGAAAAUCUCAUCAACUUCUUCGUCAUUGAGGGCCAACGUAUUGUCUUUGCAGAGAACGUUCCGGUCACCGCAGCUGCCUUCUUGUCUGCAUUCGUGACCUACUACUUGAUCAAGCUGCUUCCGUUCUGGGGGUUGUCGCUCCUCUUCACCUGCGUCAUUUUCCUCGGUCCAUUGAUCUACAUUGAAAACAAGGAGAUGAUCGACGCUCAGCUCGAGAACGCCGGAAACAUCAUCGGCCAUCAAACCAGUCAGAUCAAGGAUUUGACUGCGCAGCAUACAAGCAAAGGUCUCGAGACGAUGAAGCAAUACACCGGGACGGCUACUGCGAAGGCUCAAGAGAUGGUCGGAAGUGCCAGACAGAAGAUUCCAUCCCCUACCACAACCACUGGCAAAGCCCCAGUUCAGGAGGGUGACUUUCCGUCGGCUCCGAAGACCGACUUCCCUGCAACUUCUGUGGAACACAAGCCAGAGACUGCGACCAUGCCUAGCGCACAGGCGAACUACGCAUAGGCUAGGCGAAAUCAACCACACGUACCUUCUGUAAGCGAUCGGUUGUUUGACAUCAUGGUUCACGACAGCAAGACAUGAACACGGACAAGUGCAUGAAGAGCACUGGGAAAGGCAAUGUGCAGAACGACGUCUCCACAGUAGGAGAGCUUGUAGCGGAGUGAUGUUGAGCGACAAACAGUACUGUUGGCUCUGAGGACUCACUCACCUCGGAAUGCCUAACUGGGGGUGAGAGAGGAAGGGGAGCAGACUUGGUGACUUUGUUCAGUUGUGGAAAGGGUGCAGCAAGACGAAUAACCCUCUUCAACUUCGUUUGUAUGAUAGACAACCAAGUAUGAUUUUGAGCAUUCAGGAAUAGCAUGCUUAUUGGUUUUUCGAACA